GCGUCGGGACCGGGAGCGUCGCCUGGCACAUCCACCGAGCGCACCAAAGCUCCCCGGGUGCUCCCCUUAGGAGCAAAUUGUUUCAGUGUUCCCGAUGGCGUAGGUGUCGAUAUCGACAAAUGACGCGCUUGCCUACAAGCAACAUAUCGGCACCCAAGGCUGCUUCUGUGGCACCUAACGGUAAGCAGUUCUUUCGGUAAUUGAGGUGCCAUUUUCUACGGGCUACCUCCGUAACUAAGGCCUAGCCCGGUUGGGCCGGUUCCGACUGCAGCGUUUUAUUCGACCUUAUAACCGUGAACAAGCUCUUCUGAUUGAACAAAGUGUGCUAUAAGAACUAACUGUUACUUGUAAUGCUUGCAUGCGAGUGGCUUCGUAUGCGUUGCGAGGGAAAAUGGCGAGAAGUCGGUCCAUGCGGGCAUCCGGUCAACCAACGCCAGCACUACAAAAAGCCCUAACCGUUCAAACCCGCAUCCUUGAAGACUCGGGCCUGCUGGCUACAUGGCGCUGCGGACUUUGCAUGCGCCACAAGCUAGGACUGGCCUCGUAUCACACCCGCGUAUCACGUUAAUUAGACGGGCCGGAAUUUCAGGCCGCAAGGUUCGCGUAAACUGCACAGCUGGGCUCCUCACUGCAGCGUCCGCAAGGCCUAGCGACCACCCAACAUCGCGAAACUUCCCGCUUCGCUCGCUAAGCUAUGACGAAUUGAACGUGGAAACACCUAUUGCAUAUGAGCUCUAUCAAGGAGCACUGGCCCGCUGGAGUCACUCCGACGGCGCCGCAGUGCCUCCCACCGCCGUCAUGGUUCACGGCAUCCUGGGCAACCGGCGCAACAUGAGCAGCUUCGCAAAGAUGCUGGUGGAGGGAUUCCCCGGCUGGCAGGUCCUGCUGGUGGACCUGCGCUGCCACGGCGAGUCCGCCGCGCUGCCCACCCGCCCGCACGGCCCCCACGGCGUGGCGGCGGCGGCGGGCGACGUGUUGGCGUUGCUGCGGCGGCUGCGGCUGUUCCCGCAUGUGCUGAUCGGGCACUCGUUCGGCGGCAAGGUGGUGAUGAGCAUGGUGCAGCAGUUCCCGCAGCGCCUGCCCAGGCCCGUGCAGGUGUGGGUGCUGGACUCGCUGCCUGGCCGGGUGCGUUCGGGCGGCGGCGGCCCCGACGGUCGGGACCACCCGGGUGACCUGAUUGAGCUGCUGCGGGGCAUACCCAUGCCGGUGGCCAGUCGGUCCGAGGUGAUUGACCGAGUGGUGCGGGCAGGUUUCACGCCGGGUAUAGCCCAGUGGGUGGUCACCAACCUCCGACCGGUUGAGGAGCUGAGCGGGGCGGCACAGGGGCGGUCCGGCGCAGGGAGCAGCAACAGCAGCGGGCUGUCUUGGACCUUCGACCUGGACGGUAUCGCGCAGCUGUACAGGUCCUACGAGGAGACCCAGCUCUGGGACCUCAUCAAGCAGCCGCCGCAGGGCCUCAAGCUCAACUUUGUAAAGGCCGAGCGCAGCACCUUCCGCUGGGGUGGUCCCGACGAGGCGGCCAUCACCACCGCAGGUCACGGCGUGCACCUGCUGCCCGCCUCGGGCCACUGGGUGCACGCGGACAACCCGCUGGGACUGUACGACAUACUGGCGCCCUCGUUCGGGGGUGGCAGCGACCUGAAGAUGUGGCGGACGCAGAGGCGGUGAGGUGGGGUGGUGGUGAGGAGUGAGAAGGUGAGGAGUGAGGUUUGAGGGGCUGUGUGCACAGAAGUACCGGUACUGCUCGCCGGUGAGGUGAUGGAGGGCGUAGUUUUGCCAUCGCUUUGGAGGAGGAGGGGUGGUGAUAGUGGUGAGGGGUAAAGGGAUGUUAAGGGGAUUGAACGGCUGCAGGUUUCUACACAGCAGCGGGUGUUAAAGCUGCCGUGUGAGAUAGUUAUCCACCCAAUUAACCGGCCGCGUGUAUUUGUGUUUUGGUGUCGUUUUCUGUCGAUGCCCUUCGAUGUUUCUGUCUGUCGGAUAGCAGGAUUUUGGGGCGCUUUGCGUUUCGCGCACGCCUGAAGAAUUUUCACGUCAGCACUGAACAUAAUACUGAAGGGAAGCUGGAGCUAUGUUCGGAAGGAAUGUGUCGAAGUUAGACGUAUUAAGGGUCGUCCGCCCUGUUUCACGUGGGCAGAGGGGUAGGGGCUGAAUCCCGCGGCCCUUCCUCACUGCACGCUUUCGGCUGUGGUGGUUGGAAUGGUGGUUUGGUUUAGGGCAAUGGAAACGUGGUAUUUCUACCGGUACGGAAGGCUGGUAACCGUGUCGUUUUUGUCGCUAGAUUUGUUGCAACCUCGUAGGAAAGUAAGGAAGUCAUUCAUAUCGAAUCGUGGUCAGGGUGAUUGAAUUUUAAAGGGGGCCAAGGGGUGAUAAGGAAGGGCGCGUCUGCGGCAAACGCCGAAACGGUGCGUUCGGUUUGACGCCGGUUAAGAUAAGAAACAGUAUACCUUUUACUGUCGAAAUUUACAUUUGGCCCUGUGGUUUUUAAAUCACCAGUUGGAACCAGUUGUGUGGAAAGCCCCGCCUCAGUCCCUGUCGCGCUUCUGACUGUACAUAUAACGUGUUUGGGUGUAUUUGCGCUUCCUCCGGCGGUUUGGCAAGAGGAGGCGUGACGGCGGUUUGCUAGGGUGUACUGCACGGAAUUGGGUUCUACGGCAUUCAUUUGUUUCGUGAUUAUUACGGCGGAGGGACGAUAAUAGGAGCUGCUGACAGGUUGUGGGGGUGCUGUGUGCUGCCUGCUGGCCCCUAUGCAAAGUCGACACGGCGCGUUGGUGUUGCUGCCUGUCAAAAGAGGUUGUAGCUGCCGUGGAAGUUGGUUGGUGUCUGGAAGCAUGUAUUGUACGAACUUGUCCUGCUGUUGUACAAUAUUAGCCGCGUCUGGUGAAGAGAAGGCUUCAAGGAGGUGCAAGCACCUGCUUGGGUUCCGCGUACUAUAUUUGGUCGUAUAUAUUCUUUCUGCUCGAAGGUACUAUUGUCGUUUUACUAAUUAAGUUGUCGGCUGUAAUAUAUCAUAAGGUCGUCACGUGCACGAGGCACCAUGAGCAACACG